GCAAAGUACGACAGCUCCGGCGAUGGCGUCCUUCAGGAAGAGGAGAUGAAGCUGCUUUUCGAGAAGUUGGGUCUCAAGAAGAAGGAAAUCAGCGAACUCUUCGAAGCUGCUGAUGCGAACAAAGAUGGAGUGGUCCAAGUCCAUGAGUUCAUCUCGUGGCUACUAAAAAACUCGCCACAGGUUUCAUAUGUUCAGACAAAGAAGGGCGUGGAUGUCACCAUCACCAACACCACCAAACAUGGAAAGCAGUUCACACUCAGCUUCAAGAAGUGCAAGAAUGUAACAUUUCCAGAGGGCAACCCGGCUACCUUCGUGCUUUCGCCGGGGGAGCAGAUCACGAAGACCGUCUGCCUCAUCGAGGAGGUGGGAACAGCCUGGAGGUGGAACUCAAGCUGGGCCUCCCGUGGUUGCUACAUUGCCGCGGAGGACGACCCCAACGCUUUCAAAGAUGCCAACUUUCCAUGCGACGGCUCCAGCAUCGGGAGCAGCACUUCACAAUGGUCAGUCGGCAAACCCGAUACUUGGGUGCGAGCGCGCCUCCUGGGAGAUCCCGAGACUGCGUGCCUCUUCGACCAGAUUCGCCCGCAGGACAUCCUCCAAGGCAAUGUUGGCGACUGCUGGCUGAUGUCUGCAUUGUCUGCCUUAGCAGAAUACCCGCAGCGCAUCAAAUACCUCUUUCCCAACACAAGGCAGCUCACAGAGGACGGGAAGUACGAGGUGCGUCUUUACAGUCUGGAGAAAGGUGACUGGGAGGAGAUAGUGGUUGACGAGUUCAUUCCCUGCAACAUCAAAGGGGCAGCUCCAACACCCACCUUUUCCAAGCCUUUGAGUGAAGAGAUCUGGGUCCAGCUCAUCGAGAAGGCCUGUGCAAAAUUCUGCGGCAGCUAUGGUGCCCUCUCGGGCGGUAACGCUGGUUGGGCCUUCCAGGCUCUGACGGGUGAAGUGCACUUGCUGUCCUACCAGAAGAUAGAGGAAGGUCUUUGGCGUCGGCGCCGUAUGGACCCAAAGGAGCAGCUGAAGCGCGGUCCUCGUAAGCCGACGAAUGUCUACUGGCGCUGGAAGAACAAG